CCGAGCCUGACUCCCGGGAGCUGAGCUCCCCGAACGCCGCUCCGCUUGCUCCUGCGGUUUCUCCGUGCCGCGGCCGCCUCCUCUCCGUCCUCGCACCCGCUCCCCAGCUGCGCGCCUCCGCCUGUCUGCGCGGUGCAACCCCGGCCGGAGCGGCGAUGCGCCUCAUCCAGAACAUGUGCACCAUCGCCGAGUACCCUGCCGCGGGAAGCGCCGCGGCCGCCGAGUGCUGCUUAGGGCCCGCGGGCCGCCGGCUCGUCAAGAUCGCCGUGGUGGGGGCUAGCGGCGUAGGCAAGACCGCUCUGGUGGUCCGAUUCCUCACCAAGCGAUUCAUUGGGGACUAUGAAAGAAACGCAGGUAAUCUGUAUACCAGACAAGUCCAGGUGGAAGGGGAAACCCUAGCCAUACAAGUUCAGGACACUCCAGGAAUUCAGGCCCACGAAAAUGGCUUGAGCUGCAACGAGCAGUUGAAUCGGUGCAUCCGGUGGGCAGAUGCUGUGGUGAUUGUUUUUUCCAUCACUGACCACAAGAGCUAUGAACUCAUUGGACAACUCCACCAGCAUGUCCAGCAGCUCCACCUGGGCACCCGGCUGCCUGUGGUGCUCGUGGCUAACAAGGCUGACCUGCUGCACAUCAAGCAGGUUGACCCUCAGCUUGGACUGCAACUGGCUAGCAUGCUGGGCUGCUCCUUCUAUGAAGUGUCUGUCAGUGAAAAUUACAACGGUGUCUAUAAUGCUUUCCAUGUCCUGUGCAAAGAAGUGAGGCACAAGCAGCAGCCCAGCGGCACGCCUGAGAAGCGAAGAACCUCUCUCAUUCCACGGCCCAAGUCACCCAACAUGCAGGACCUGAAGAGAAGGUUCAAGCAAGCUCUCUCUGCCAAAGUGAGAACUGUCACCUCUGUUUGAAAUGUGACGCUCAAGGGGGUUUGAUCUUCCAGGAAGAGGCCCGGAGGUGCUUCUAGGUUGGGAUCCUUGGGUGCCACCAGUAGUUUGUGUUUCCAGGAAGGGCUGGAGCCAAAGGGCCUGGGGCCUGUGGAACUGCUGCAUAAAGACAUGCAGUGGAAGCAGAGGACAGAUGGAUGGGGCCUGAGUGAGCCCCUAAAAGCCACUCUCUGUACAUGUGACCUGUCUGUGUCUUGUGUCCUCCAGGGUGGGGAAGAGGGCACACUUGUUAUGGUUGUUCUUAACUGCCUUGUAAAUGAUGGUCAGUUGUAGUUUCAAGCAGAUAUAUUUGUGUGGUUGAUGGUGGGAAUGAAGGGACUGAUUAAAUCUUUGUAGACUUCCUUUUCUCCCCUUCCUCUUCUUUUCUUUCUCCCAAAAGGAAGAAUUACUUUUCUUCUGUCAACAUGUUUUGCCCCUCUGGAACACUGUUCCUUACAGAAUAUCUUUCUAAUCUAAAGGAUACCCAGAUUUCUUUUUUUAAGAACAAAGAGAAAAACAAAACAAAAC